AUGCUCUCAGUUGGUUUGACCGUCCAAGCCUGCGACCACUACAAGAUUUGCACCUGCAUGAACGAAGACGGCAGUAGAAACGACGACUUGACUGGUAAAAUUUGUGACGCCGGCCAAUACAACCGCAUUUACGAAAAGGGUUAUCUAGAAUGCAAGCACUAUAAGAGUGAAUUCUUGGGUCAUGAAGCUUUCGAUAACUGUAAAUUUCGGAAGGCUUGUGAGGCUGUGGGUGGCAGGGGUGAUUCGAGCUGCAGAGCCAAGGUCGGCAUCUUCAAGGCUUAG